CACGGUCCCACCCCUUUUAGUCUUGACUCUUCUCGCGACCUGUAGCACGGGGGAGCAGGCGCAGAAGGCUUGGCGGGCCUUGCGUAGCUAUGGAACCAGACGGGACCUACGAGCCGGGCUUCGUGGGAAUUAGAUUCUGCCAGGAAUGUAACAACAUGCUGUACCCUAAAGAGGACAAGGAGAACCGUAUUCUGCUGUACGCGUGCCGAAAUUGUGAUUACCAGCAGGAGGCAGACAACAGCUGCAUCUACGUCAACAAAAUCACGCAUGAAGUGGACGAACUGACCCAGAUAAUCGCUGACGUAUCCCAGGACCCCACACUGCCUCGGACUGAGGACCACCCUUGUCAGAAGUGCGGCCACAAGGAGGCGGUGUUCUUCCAGUCACACAGUGCCCGUGCCGAGGACGCCAUGCGCCUGUACUAUGUAUGCACUGCCCCACACUGCGGCCACCGCUGGACCGAGUGACCCGUCCCUCCUCUACCUGUAAUAAAUGCCAGGUUCUGUGUGCA